AUGGAGGAUAGAUUAAAAUCGAGUAAAGAUGUAUUACCUGUUAUAAAUAUAGCAGGAAAAACAGUAUUACGAUCAGAAAACUGUGAUAAAUUAAAUAUUACAGUUGAAGACAAUAUACUGGAAUUGAACAAUAAUGGCUCUAGAAUUCAAAUAGUAACUGCACGUAGUGGUUGUCCUGAUUUAAAAACAUCUAAAGAUAUACAUGUACCUCUACGUAGACGAUCACUAUUAGUUGAAGGAAUUGAUCAAUAUCUUGAAGAAAUUAAGAAAAAAAGUACAGAUGAAAAAACAUUAAAAGAAGCGAUAGAGGGUAAAAUAAGCGCCCAAAUUAAGAUAGGAGAAGUUGCAGGUCAGCUGACAAAAGGUAUGAUCGGAGGUUUAAGUAGAGAAAUAAGCAAUAUUAUACACAAAAAACAUAAAAAUGAUCAUACUUCUUUUUGUAAAGAAUGGGAACGUACCAUGGACGAUUAUUUUAAAUUAUUACAAGGUAUAGAUAUAGUUGAUGAAAAUGAUACGAUAAAUAUUCAAUGUAUAAUUAAAAAUAUUGAAACAAAGGUGGGAGGAAAAGACAAAUUUAGAAGUGCCUGGAGUUCUCAUUUUAAAGAACUAGUACAAGAUUUACAAACAAAUCAUUUCAAAGACCCAAGUACCAGAAGAUCAUGUUCAGUGGAUCAUAGUAACAAAACUCAAUGCGUUCGUUUUUUCGAGGAAUGGUCUGAAGAAUUUUGUAAACUAAAAAAAGAUUUGGGAGAUAUGAUGAUAGAAAAUUGCAAAGGAGAUAAAAGUAAUGUCGAUAAAGACGAAUGUAAAAAUGUAUGUAAUAUAUAUAAAAAAUUUUUAGUUGAAACAAAACCUUAUUUUGAUAAUUAUAUCAAUAUUUGUACCCAUACAAAAUACGCAGAUAAUGGUCAAUCACAAAAUGAAUUACAAGAAAUGCUUAAAACAUCAGCAAGUACAAGCACCACUGAAUGUUGUACAGAGCUCGGUCAUUGUUCUGUUGACGAAUUAUUUGAUGUUAAAAAAGAUAAAGGUAAUUUAAUUUUUAAUUGUAUGUGUCAAGGAGGAAUACAUACAGAAAAGAGAGAUAGUGAACCUAAAUGUCAAAAAUACAAGGAUCCAGUCAAUGUAGCUGGAACACAAAUCCCAGCACCUACACUUAGUGGUGCCGGCCAAGGUGUUAGUGUUACUACCACUAGUGUCCCUGGUCCCAAAACCGUGAUGCAAAUAGCACAAGACAUACAAUCACAGGCUAAAAAAGACGCGGAGGGUCGUUUGGGUGGUGGUAAACUUGACGAUUUAAAGGGAAAUAUAGAAAAUGCGCAGUUUAAAAAUAGAAAUAAAGGAAGUGAUUUUAAUGGAGAUCCUUGCAAGAUGGAUAAAUCAAAACAUACGAAUGAUGUUCGUAGUGAUGGUGAACCAUGUAAAGGUAAAGGAGGAGAUAAUCCAGAUAGAUUUGUUAUAGGAAAACAAUGGGGAACGAAGAAGGGAGAAGUAGAUCAAAAUAACAAUGAAGUUCUUUUACCUCCUCGUAGAUUAGAUAUGUGUACUUCUAACUUAGAAAAUUUAGCUAGAAGUGGUCAAAACCCCGAUUUUAUAAAUAAUGGUAGUGUCAACGACUCUUUUACUGGAGAUGUAUUAUUAGCAGCAAAAGAAGAGGCAGAAAAUAUAUUAAAACUGUACGGUAAUUCUAAUGACCAGUCUGGUAUGUGCCGGGCGGUGCGCGCCAGUUUUGCAGACUUAGGUGAUAUCAUAAGGGGUACGGACAUAUGGGAGAAAAAUGACGAUAUGAAAAAUUUACAGGGGCAUUUAGAUAAAAUAUUUGCUAAAAUUAAAGACGAAAAAGGAAACGGUAAAUAUACUGGUGGUGAAAAUGAAUCCCCCCCGUAUAAAACCUUGAGGUCCGACUGGUGGAGUGCUAACCGCGACCAAGUAUGGGAUGCCAUAAAGUGUCAAAUAGGCGAUUUAUUCGCGGCGUCGGAUGAAAAAAUAGAUAGAGCUACUGGUAAAGUCGUAGGUGCUUUCUGUGGCUACAAUGAUACCACACCUGUAGACGACUAUAUACCGCAGAAGUUGAGAUGGCUCGCCGAAUGGAACGAAAACUACUGCAAACAGAUGAAAAAGGAUUUUAACGCGGUAAAAGAACAGUGUACGUUAUGCAAGAAUAUUGGUGAAGGGAAAUGUGAGAAAGAUAAUAAAAAAUGUGAUAUGUGUUCAGGUAUGUGCGAUACGUAUAAAGAAAAUGUUGAGAAAUGGAAAACUCAAUGGACAAAACAUCAACAACAAUACACAUCAUUAUAUAGCAAUCCAAAUGGUAAUGAUAAAGAAUUUAUUCAAAAACUUAAACAAAACAACAACUAUUCAAAUUCUGCCGAUUUUGUUGAUUCUAUGGGAGGAUAUAGGUAUUGCAAGGAUACAACACAAAGAGAAACAAAAGAACAAGGUAAUGAAGAUUAUUUGUUCAAAGAAAAACCUAAAGAGUUUAAAGAUGAAUGUGGAUGUAAAGAGAAAGGCGGAUCGUCAUCACCCUCACCAAAGGUACCUCCUGCUGUGACACCUCCAAAAUCCCAAGAUAUACAAGAUUGUGAAAAAACUUUUGGUAAUAAUGGUACACCAAAUCCUGGUAAUGUUCAAUUGAGUGAAUGGGAUUGUAUUCAAGACAAUGAUAUGUGCAUAGACAUAAGUAAAAGUAAAACUGAUCACAAUAUUAGUAACUUUAAAGAUAAAUUUUCUGAUAUUUUUGAAGAUUGGUUGACAUCUUUUUUCAAUGAACAACAAAAUGUAAAAAGUAAAUCCUCUGAUUGCACAAAUAUAACACCAAGUUCAGGUGAUUGUGAUGGAAAAAAAUGUAGAGAUAAAUGUCCCUGUUAUGAAAAAUGGGUAAAAAGAAAAACUAACGAAUGGAGGCAUUUUAAAAAUUAUUAUCGUGACUUUCAGACUAUAAAUCCAACUAAAUGGAUGUCAAGUUUUAAAUCAGUGGGAAAUGAUGCCGAUACAUAUGUAAAAAAAAAGAAACAAAGUGAACUCAGUAAGGCAUAUCAAUCUACAAGUGGUACCAAAUCCAAUAAUAUUACCAUACAAGACAUACUUACCGAAGAAUCCAAAAAAGUGACCGAAUGUCUAAAAAACUGUCCCAUAAAAAUUGAAUGUAAAGACAAGGGGUUCGGGAACCCGUGGAAGUGUGGUGACACCGCAGCCAGUGGUGCCAAACAAGCUGGUGGUACCACUAACAAUAUGUGUACAAAAAACGAAGGAGAUGAUGAUGACAGGAAACAACCUGGUUCUGGCAAAAAUAGUGGUUCCUCCACUAGCGGUGGCGACCAAACCCAAUUGUUUUAUGAUUCGUUCAAAGAAUGGAUACACGAUAUAGAAAAUAUGUUAGAUAUGAGUAAAAAAUUAAUAGAAGAAUCAUGCAAAAACUUAAAAACAAAAACCACUGGUGAGAAAGAAUGUACAAAAUGUAACGAUUUAUGUAAUUGUUUUAAGGAAUUGAAAGGUAAAAUUGAUGAUCAAUGGACGAAACAACAAAACAAUUAUAACCAUCAUAAAGAUAAAGGAAAAGAUAAUAUGCAGAAUUUGGAUCUUGAUAUAUAUUUGGAAGCAGAAUGUAUUUUGAAUGAGGGAGUAAAAUCAGAAAAAAUGCAAAGUAUACAAGGUGAAUAUGAAGAUUUGGAUAGUAAAUGUGAUAAACUUAGAGGAACUGAAAAAAAUUAUGUUCAAGCUUUGAUAAACAACAGUGAAAAAGAUAGAGAAAAAAUAUGUCACGAGUGCGAAAAUCAAACUACAAAACCUUCUCCGACAGAUAAAUGUGAUGGUAUAGGUAAUGCUUCUAAUUGUCAAACUAAAAAUUAUAAUGAACUUGAUCCUAAAAAGGGCAACAAAGAACGAAAUAAAGAAUGGUUAUGUAAAAAUAUACAAAAUACAUCAACAGAUGUAAAACAAGAUGUUUGUGUUCCUCCUAGAACACAACCAUUAUGUAUAGCAAACAUGUAUACAAAACAAGCUAUAGUGGAUAAUGCAUUUUCUAGUGAAGAAAAUAUGAAAAAGGCGUUAAAAGCUGCAAUUAAAAAAGAAACAGAACUGUUGUACACUUAUUACACAACAACAAAAAAAAAAACUGGUACCCCACCCCCUGGAUUUUGUGAAGCGGCGUACCGCAGUUUUAAUGAUUUCAAACAUAUGGUUCUAGGGGAUAUGUUGUGGAAGCCUGAGAGUAUUAAAAAGGUGCAGGAGAAAAUAGGUGAAAUUAUAAAACAAAGUGGCACAAGUGGAAAAACCGUGACACGAGAGGAGUGGUGGAAGCAACAUGAAGUGGAAUUCUGGGAAGCAGCGAAAUGUGGUAUAAAAGACAGUGGUAACAAGUCUGCCACUGGCGAUUGCCCCCGACUGAUUAAUGAUGAUGACCAGUUUGAGUGGUGGGCAAAAGAGUGGUCCGAUGAUUUUUACCACAAGAGACACGAGGUGUUAAAGGAGUUUGACAAGGUAUGUAACACUGAUAGAACUGGUAAGAAUACAGAUUGUGAAGGCACUAAUGGUCAGAUGAAAGCUAAUAGUAAGUGCAAACCCAAAUGUGAUGAGUAUAAAAAUUUCUUAUCCAAAAAAAGAGAUGAGUGGAAUAAGAAUUUUAAAAUAUAUCUACAAACAAAAGAAGAAGAGGCGAAUAAAAAUACAUCUAGUGUUAAUACCAAAGAGUAUAGUCAUCCAAACGUAUAUUUAUUGUAUCCCUGCACGUACCAAAACUGUGACAAUAAAUACAUGACGGCACUACUGAGUGAUAAACAAUAUGGUGAUAAAGAAAAAAUAUGUAAUUGUGACACGUCAAAACAUACACAAGACACAGAUAACCCCUGUGAUAAAAAUUAUACUGAGUAUGGCUGUACUGAGAAAAAGUUUGACAAAAAUAUUUGGAGUAGUACAUAUGUGACACACCCGACAGAUCGUGGUAAAGUUUUUGCCCCGCCACGACGGAACAGUAUGUGCAUAGGAUGGUUAUUCUCAAAAAUUGGUGACAAGGAUUCGAGUGGCAAACCACUUACUAAAGAUGCCGCAAAAAACCAACUUAGACUUAAAUUAAUCGACGCAGCAAGAGGUGAGUCACAUUAUUUACACAAAUAUUACACAAAAAAUAGUGGUACCCCUGAUACCACUAAAUACUGCUCCGCGUUGCGUCGCAGUUUUUAUGAUUAUGGCGAUAUGGUCAAAGGCACCGAUCUGUGGUCCGCGGGGUAUUCGCCGCGAGUGGAAAAAAAUAUAUAUGACGUAUUUAAAAUGCCGGAUACCGCGGGUGGUAACACACCGAGUGAUAUGGACAUAGUGAAAGACCGUGAAAGUUGGUGGAACACACAUAAACGUGAGAUAUGGCAAGCAAUGAACUGUGGCGGUACCAAUAAGUGUGAUACCAGUGGUAGUGACUAUCCCACUGUGUAUGAUUCCCACGAUGAGUUUUUGCGCUGGUUCAUCGAAUGGGGCGAAAACUUUUGUACACAGAAACAACAUUAUAUGUCGGAGUUACAGACGAUAUGUAUGGAUAAAUCAUGUAACACGUUAUGUGGAGGCUCUACGUGCGAACCUUGUCAGAAACAAUGUGCUAAAUAUCAUAAAUGGUUGUUUACCAAAAAGGGGGAAUGGAAUGGUCAGAAAGAAAAAUAUAAAGAGGAAUACAAGAAACAAGGAGCAAAAUACCAAAAUAUAUAUGCUCAUACGAAAAAAAAACCUGAUAAAUAUAUAGAAGAAUACGCAAAAAUAUGUGAAGGUGCAGAUCUUAAUGACGUUUUCAAGAGACAAGAUAACCAAUAUAAACCAUAUAAAAAAAAAUGUAAACGAUGUAUAGAUAAAUUAACACAAGAUGUUGUACAAAAAAUUAAAUAUCCAGGUAAAAGUUCCCCAACAGACAAUAUCGAUUCGUUUUGUGAAAAAUCAUGUGAUAAUUCAGGAAAUGAAAGUUUGUACGAAAAACACAUUGAAAAAGACGAUAAAUAUAGUAAAAUUAAGGGACAGAGUAAUUGUGAAGGAUUAAAAAAAGCGGCAGAAGGUAAGAAAAUUAAAUGGAAUAACAGUGAUGAGAAGGAUUAUGAGUAUUUGAAGAAUCGUCAGGUUCCUGCAGAAGUAUACCUUCCAACUAGGAAAGAAAAAAUAUGUUUUAGAGGACUAGAUGGAAAAUACGAUAACACUCCUAAUGAAGUUAAAGAUGAAAAGUCGUUGUUUGAACAUUUGAUAAAACUUGCUGCAAUUGAAGGACAUAAUUUAGGAGAAUAUUAUAAAGCAAAAAAAGGAAAAGGACAAAAUGAUGAAAAAUAUAAAUAUGAAGUUAGUGAAUGUAGUGCUUUAAAAUACAGUUUUCUUGAUUUAAGAGAUAUAAUUCUAGGUCAUGAUAUGACAGAAACAGAUAAGGAGGAAACAGAGAAAAAUUUGCAAAAAAUAUUUAAAGAAGAAUAUGAUGAUGAUAAAGACGCUGGAAAACCCGGUAGUACAUAUCGACGAAACUUCUGGAAAAGUAAUGAGAAAUGUGUAUGGAAUGCAAUGAAAUGUGGGUACAAAAAAGGAUGUGACGACACCACCACACUAAGUGGUUGCGACCAAAUGCCUGAUGACACCACUUAUCCCGUGGGUACCACUCGCGAUAGUGGCAAAAACUACCAAUUUUUACGUUGGUUUGCCGAAUGGGGGGAAGAUUACUGUGGUCACUACGCCAAGGAAUUUGCCACGUUGCAGGAUAAGUGUAAGGAUGUGGACUGCAAAAAAACUGAAUCAGAAGAACAGAAAAAGCAACAAGACUGUAAAUCACAGUGUGAUAAAUAUCAAAAUUUUAUUAAGGAUUGGAAAAAACAAUAUGAAAAACAAAAAACCAAGUUUGAGGCAGAUAAAAAACAAAAAAAUUUAUAUGAAAAGGAUAAAGAGGCAAACGAGGCAAGUGAUGCAAGAGUUUUUUUACACAAAAAGUUACAAAAAGCGUGUCAAAAUAGUAGUAAACCUGGAGCUAGUGGUUCCACUGAGUGUAAUUGCAUGAGUGAUAUCUCGUCUCCUACCACUGGUGGCGGUACUGAUACCCCCAAAUCUUUGGAGGAAAUACCUAGUGAGUACCAAAAACAAUGUGAGUGUGACACCCCUAGACCCCCAAAUCCACCGAAACCUAUGCCAAAUCCAAAUCCACAAAAACCGGAUUCACAAAAACCCAACCAAAAAGACACAAACCCUGAUUCAUCUAGUGGUCCACCUGAUCCAAAUAGUGGACAACCUGGUUCUCCUGGUCAAGGUGGUGGUAGCCAACAACCUGGUGGUCCUAAACCUGAUACAACCCCUUCUCCUGGUGAACCGGAUUCUGGUCAAUCUAGUGUUCAUCCCCCUUCUCCUGGUGUUCAUCCUGCGGGUCCUAGUGUUCAACCCGCACAACAGGAUAAAUUUAAAGAAUUAGAUGAAUGUCCUGAUACCAAGCAGUCAUAUUGUAGUAAAUAUGGGAAAUUUAGUGGCCGUCCUGGAUGUAGACAUAAAAAAACAAAUUAUGAUUCAUUUGAAAACUGGAAUAAAUUAACUUUAAAUGAAAAAGAUGAUAAUUAUGGAGUACAAGUUCCUCCAAGGAGAAAAAACCUCUGCUUUCCAAUGUUAUAUGGUAGUAAAUUAAAUAAAUUGACACUCGAUGAUUUCAAAAAACAUUUGUUGAAUUCUGCUGCUACUGAAGCAAAAAAUUUAAUGAAUUAUCAUAAAGAUAAUGAAAAAUUAGCUUUUCAAGCAAUCAAAUAUAGUUUUGGUGAUUAUGGAAAUCUUAUAAAAGGAGAUGAUUUAAAUUCCAAAAACGAUGAUAUAGCCAGUAAAAUAAAUGAAGCAAUUACAAAAUUACAAUCACAAAAUAAUAAUAGUGUUUCUUCUGGUGGUGGUACUUCUGCAACAACAACGACAAAAUUUGAAAGAAAAAAUUGGUGGGAUAAAAAUAAAAAACAUAUAUGGCAUGUUAUGUUAUGUCAAUAUACUGGAACUGAUAAAGACCAACAUUGUGAAGAUUACAAAGAAAUAGAUAAUAUACCUCAAUUUUUGAGAUGGUUAGAAGAAUGGGCAAGGAAAUAUUGUUCCGAACGUACUAAAUUGGCAGAUAUGGUGUCCAAAGAAUGCAAAACAAAUAUUAAAAAUAUUGAUUUCAUUAAACCUGAUAAGAAGGAUGAAAAAUGUGUAAUAGCCUUAAAUUCAUACAAAAAAUUAUUUCAUAAUAGACAUCUUGAAUGGGAAAAUUUGAAAAAAAAAUACAAAAAAGACAAAGAAACAAAAGAUACUACUAGUGCUAAUUCGAAUUCAUAUACUGAAAAUGAUGCUGAAGCAUAUCUGAAAAAAAGAUGUCCUGAAUGUAUUUGUACUUAUGAUGAUUUGGAAAAAAUAUCUAAUUAUGAAAAUGACUCAAAUAAUGUAUAUAAAAAAUUGAUACAACAAUCUAUAUAUGAUACAAACGAGAAUGCAUCAAUCCUUAAAAAACUUUUAACUUUUGAUGAACAUGGACCAGAAAUUGCAAAAAAAGCUUUCGAUGCUGCUGGAAAAAUAAUUCCUGACGCUUUACAAGUUGCAAAAGAAGCUGCAAAAGUUGCAGAAGAACUUGGAAAAAAUGUUAUAAUGCCAGUUGGGAUACUAGCUGGAACAAAUAUUUUAAGUGGACUGGAAAAAGUCAUUAGUUGGUUUGGUAGUGGUUCAACAUCAUCACAACAUCCACAACCCUUACCCCCAGCAGAGCCUGAUGCAGGAGCUAGUGGUGGACAACACCCUGUAAACCCCUCCCCAACAACACCACAAAAACCCCCCACCGGUGAUAUCCUCACAUCUACCAUACCCCCUGUUGGAAUAGGAGUUGCAUUAGGUUCUAUUGCUUUGUUAUUUUAUUUGAAGUAA